UGUAUUAUUUAUUAAUUAAAUAACAUUAAUUUAUAUAAGCAUAUGACUUCACGAACACUCUUCUGAUUCAACAGACUCUGUUCUUUAUAAUUUAUAUCAAGCUCUUCUGGAAUUUGCACAUCCUAUAACUUUCGCAAACUUGCAUGUGGAUACUUGACCAACUAAUAACCAUGUCGCAAAACAAAAAAUUGAUGCUGAAAAUCUUGCUCUUGGGGGACGAGUUCGUUGGAAAAUCCUGUCUGGUAUAUCGAUAUAUCAACGAAGAAUAUUCUCGUAAUUUGAAAGCAACGAUUGGAGCGGAUGCAUUUAGAAAGGAUUUAAUUCUAAAUGACAAUUUGGUUUCCCUGCAGAUAUUAUAGAUUUGGGACACAUCUGGGUAUGAUGGAUUUAAUAGUAUGGGCAUGGAAUUCUAUAAAUCAACCGAUUGCUGCAUUUUUGUAUUUGAUGUUACGUGUCGAAAAUCAUUCGAAAGUCUUAAUUUUUGGCGGAAUGAAUUUUUUCUAAGAGCAG